CCGGAGAUGCGCUUCGUCACUUCCGCCCAGGUGCUGAUGUGCGUCAGUGUGUAUCGCGGAAAAGAAGGGAGGUUUUCGCGCUGCUCGCCGCCGUAGGAAAACACUGCCGUCCAGGAGACAUGAGCGACACCGAAAAGGACUUCGUCGAGCGGGUUAAGGUUGGAAGAGGAAAAAUGCUGAAGAAAUGAAAUGUCAAGUUUAUUCAGAAUAAUGUGAAGCUGAUGUGUAUGAAGCUGAACUUAAGAAUGCAUGCUAAGAAGUUCCCUCAAGUAGAGUGUAUUGGCAGUGGGACAUGGGCAAGACGGCAGAAGUCAGAAAUAUGAAACUGAAGAAAGAAGAGAAGGUGUUUUUUUGAAGUUAUGAAGUUAAAGUCAGAAGUAAUCGGGGAUAAGUAAUUCCUAGUCAAAGUCCCAGUUUCAUCUCCAUUUGUAAGCAUGCAUGCUUUUUUAAUCUCAGACUAAUGUACGGGGAGUCCCGCUCGGCCUCCAGGAGCGUCAGCCCCCACGGGUCGGCCCAGUCGGCCAGCCACUCGCCGGUCCAGUCUCCAGCUCGCUCCAAAGAGGGCUCACGCCAGUCCCGCUCCAAAUCCCGCUCGCACUCGCGCUCCAAAUCAAGGUCCCGUUCGCGCCGCGGUUCUCGGCGCCGUUACUCACGCUCACGCUCAAGGUCACACCGCCGGCGAUCCAGGAGCCGCUCUUACAGCGGGGGGUACCGGAGGGCGCGCACCCACAGCCGCUCCCCUAUGUCCAACCGUCGCCGUCACAUUGGCAACAGGGCGAACCCCGACCCCAACUGCUGCCUGGGCGUCUUUGGCCUCAGCCUGUACACGACGGAGAGGGACCUGCGCGAGGUCUUCUCCAAGUAUGGUCCCCUUUCUGACGUCACCAUCGUGUACGACCAGCAGUCCCGUCGCUCGCGCGGCUUCGCCUUCGUCUACUUCGAGAACAAAGAGGAUUCCAAAGAGGCCAAGGAGCGUGCUAAUGGCAUGGAGCUGGAUGGUCGCAGGAUCCGAGUGGACUACUCGAUCACAAAGAGGCCCCACACGCCCACUCCAGGGAUCUACAUGGGACGGCCCACUUACGGGGGAGGAGGUGGACCCAGCUUCAGUUCCCGCCGCUCCUCCAGAGAUUAUUACGACCGCGGUUAUGACAGAGGCUAUGACCGUGGCUAUGACCGCUAUGAUGACCGUGAAUACUACAGGUCUUACAGACGCAGGUCACCCUCGCCCUACUACAGCAGAGGAGCAUACAGGUCACGCUCACGGUCGCGCUCCUACUCUCCUCGUCACUACUAACAGAUGGGAUCUCCUUUGAUCGUCACCGAGGCAGCAGUUGCUGCGGUCAAGGGGAUGGGUUUGUGGGCUGGGGGGUACUCCAGUAAUUCCUUAGUGAAAUUGAUGUUGCAGAUUGAUUCGGUGAAUUUUUUUUUUUUUUCCCCCUCCCCCUCUUCCCCCCAGUUCUGGAUGUGCUGUUUUACUUUUAAUUGGAUGGAUUUGUAUCGUGUUCCUCCUGUGUGCGCGUGGUCGCAUGCAUGGGUUUGUGUGUCGUUGUAGAACACAAAGCUCCAUCAGUACCUGAUUCUCAUUUUUUACACUGCUGUAUCUUGCAAUAAACUGUAGCUACACGCA